AUGGUGGUCCACAUUCGCACAGGCUACAACCUCUCCGCAGACAGCCAGCCCUCCCUGAGCAGCAGCACGCAGGACGCGACUCACAGCCCGGGUAAAGACCAGGGCCAUGUGGGACUGAGCCAAACCGGACACAACGUGGUAGCGGUUUGCCUCGGAUUCAUCCUGGUAGUGGGGUUUGUCAGUAACUUUUUGGUGCUUCUCGUCUUUGCCAAGUUUCGCACUCUUUGGACCCCCAUCAAUCUGAUCCUGCUAAACAUCAGCCUGAGCGACGUGCUCGUGUGCGUCUUUGGGACUCCGUUCAGCUUCGCCGCGAGUCUCUACGGCAGGUGGCUCAUCGGGGAGGUCGGCUGUAAGUGGUACGGAUUCGCCAACUCUCUAUUUGGCAUUGUGUCCCUCGUGUCCCUGGCUGUGCUGUCCUACGAGCGCUACACCACGGUCCUGAGGUGUGCCCUGGUGGACCUGUCCGACUUCAGACAGGCCCGGCUCUGCGUUUUGGGCUCUUGGCUUUAUUCUCUACUGUGGACACUGCCUCCGUUUUUGGGCUGGAGCAGCUAUGGGCCAGAGGGGUCAGGCACCACAUGCUCUGUCCAGUGGCACCAACGAUCAGUGGCCAGUGUCUCAUAUGUGCUGUGUCUCUUCAUCUUUUGCCUGCUGCUGCCUCUCCUGCUCAUGAUCUAUUCGUAUGGACAAAUUCUGGUGGCUAUUAAUAGGGUGGGUAAGAUCAACGUGCUUUCAGCCCAGCGGAGGGAGCAGCACAUCUUGCUCAUGGUGCUGUCCAUGGUGUCCUGCUACAUGUUCUGCUGGAUGCCCUAUGGCAUCAUGGCUCUCAUCGCCACAUUUGGUCGCUCUGGGACUGUGUCUCCUGUGGCAAGUAUAGUGCCCUCCAUUCUUGCCAAGUUUAGCACUGUGGUUAACCCUGUCAUCUAUAUCUUCUUCAACAACCAGUUUUACAGGUGUUUUGUGGCCUUCAUAAAGUGUCAAGAUGAUCCAAAUUGUGCUCAAGAAGAGGGACCUCCAAUUCCAAAGAAGCCUUUCACUGUAUUGUCUCCACUGAAUAGACAAACCUCUCUGAGCUCCACACAACUGCACCUCAGCACACUUAAACAGGCCUCUGUUUACAAUGGGCGGACUGAAAACCACACUAUAGUUGUUCACUAUACUGCAUAAAACUUCAUAAUACUUCAGAAUAUUUUCAUGCCAUUUUUUUGAUUGUAACUCUUAUUUCCUUUAACUUUAGACUAAAUUUAUUUCAAAUGAGACAAUGAAGAAGACAUAACUUGUGAAAUGGACUUUUAACUAUUCUAUAAGUGCUCAGAAAAAUUCUGUAUC